AUGGCAGAUACCCCCCGCCCCCCGAUCACGGCUCCGCCGGCGGGGAAAUUCGAGUUCCUGGUUGUAGUGCCGGAUAAGCCUGGCACGGCGCAGAAGAGACUCGAAGUUCGGCCGAAGCACUUCGAGGGCCUGAAGGCUGCCAUUGAGUCUGGGUCUUUCAAGAUGGGAGGGGCUGCCUUGAAUGAAGUACCCGAGACAGACGACCCGUCCAAAUUCAACUGGUAUGGGUCGACAAUUAUCAUGGUGGCUACGUCCAAGGAAGAAUGCUUGGAGAUUCUGAGAAAAGAUGUCUACACUGCCAGUGGAGUCUGGGAUGUUGACAAUGCGCAGAUAUGGCCUGUCAAACUUGCAUUCAGAUAUCCCUGA